AUGCUCUUUCUUGCUCCAGGCUUCAUGUUCCCUUCCGCCCCAGUGUCGUUGAGUCCUUAUGGCUUGUUUUUGGAGGACAAACCCGUGAUAUCCACGGGCUCCUAUAUCGUUCGCGAUGGGAAAGCCAUCCACCUCCACGCCCGGGUCCUUGCUGAGACGACAGUUUCGCCGCCAACCCCAACGCCAGAAUCACCCCGAGCAGUCGAGGACGCAGUAGACCGCUACGAAGAGGUGGUCCGGGGCCCCUACAACUACCUUCGCUCUCUGCCCGGAAAGGACAUCCGGGGCAAGCUAAUCGCCGCCUUCGACGAGUGGCUCCAGGUGCCCGCAGACAAAUUGACCAUCAUCAAGGAGGCCAUUGAAACCCUCCACACCGCGUCUCUCCUGAUUGACGACAUCCAAGACUCCUCCAAACUCCGUCGCGGUAGCCCCGUCGCCCACAGUAUAUUUGGCAUCGCGCAGACGAUCAACUCAGCUAACCAUGCCUACUUUCUCGCCCAGGAGAGGGUGGUCGCCUUGAAUGACCCGCGCGCGCUGGUCAUCUUCACCCGCGAGCUCCUCAGCCUGCACCGCGGCCAGGCGAUGGAUCUGUACUGGCGGGAUGCGCUCAUCUGCCCAACCGAAGAGGAGUAUAUCGAGAUGGUGUCGAACAAGACUGGCGGGCUUUUCCGACUGGCCGUGCAGCUGAUGCAAACUCUAAGCACGGUCAAAAUCGACUGCACAGAUCUAGUCGAGCUCCUAGGAAUCAUCUUCCAGAUCCGAGACGACUACAUGAACCUCCAAGCCGACACCUACACCAAGAACAAAGGCUUUAGCGAAGAUAUCACGGAGGGCAAAUUCUCCUACCCAAUCAUCCACAGCAUCCACGCCCAGCCACGCAAUACACAACUGCUGAAUAUCUUGAGUCAGCGGACAGAAGACGAGUCAGUGAAGGCCUAUGCAACGCAGUAUAUGGAGUCCACGGGGAGCCUCCAGUUCUGCUUAGAUCGGCUAGACGCCUUGCUCGAUGAGGCAGCUGAGUUGGUGACCCGAUUGGAACAGUUGCUUGGUCCCUCCAAGGGCAUUCGGGAUAUCCUGGCUCUAUUGCGUGUCACGGCCCGGGACCGUUGA